AGCACACUUGUCUCGUCGUCCACUCGGCUCUCGUCCCCGCCUUAUCUCCUCCUCGGUCCUCUCCCGCGCUCCACCAUCCCCACCAACCAGUCAGAGGUCAGGUCAGCCACACCUCGAUCGCGCCCGCCCGCGUCGGAAAGCAGAGCAGAGCGCGCGAGAUGGUGGGCGCUGCACCCAUGGCCGCGCCGCCGCUCGCGGCCGUCCGCCCCGGCCUCCUCCGGGUCUCCUGCUCCGCGUCCACCGCCCCCUCCAAGAACAGCAACAGCUCUAGGCAGCCGCAGCAGCAGGUACCGCGGCUGCUGCCCGCUCCUCCGCUGAGCGCCGCGGCGGCGCCGGCGGCCGCGAUGGUGCCGCUGCUGCUGGCGGCGCUGCCGCCGGACGCGCUGGCGGCGGGGGGCGAGUUCGGGAUCCUCGAGGGCCGGAGCUUCGCGCUGCUGCACCCGCUCGUCAUGGGCGGGCUCUUCGGCUACACGCUCUGGGCGGGGUACCUCGGCUGGCAGUGGCGCCGGGUGCGCACCGUCCAGGACGAGAUCAACGAGCUCAAGAAGCAGGUCAAGCCCGCCGCGGCGGCGGCGCCGGCCGCGGUUGGGGCCGGGGACGCCUCCUCCGCUGCGCCGCCGCCGCCCGCGCCCAAGUCGCCGGCCGAGAUCAAGAUCGACGAGCUCACCGAGGAGCGGAAGAAGCUGCUCAAGGGGUCGUUCCGGGACCGGCACUUCAACGCGGGGUCCAUCCUGCUCGGCCUCGGCGUGCUCGAGUCCGUCGGCGGCGCGCUCAACACCUGGUUCCGCACCGGCAAGCUCUUCCCGGGACCCCACCUCUUCGCCGGAGCAGCCAUCACGGUGCUGUGGGCGGGCGCGGCGGCGCUGGUCCCGGCGAUGCAGAAGGGGAACGAGACGGCCAGGAGCCUGCACAUCGCGCUCAACGCGCUCAACGUCCUGCUCUUCAUCUGGCAGAUCCCCACCGGGCUCGAGAUCGUCGGCAAGGUCUUCGAGUUCACCACAUGGCCAUGAGCAGCGCCUGCUUGCUGGGAAUCGUAUCGCUGACGCGGCCGCCCGGGCAUCCUCUGCUAGUCUGCUUCCUCGCUCUGCAUGUCUCUUCUCUUCCACCCCGUUAGUUUGUUGACUUGAUGGUAGCCGUGUGUGCUCAGCUCGUUCAGUGCGGUUCUUUCUUUCUCCGUUUCUGCAGGAUGCCAGGAUUGUUUUCUUGACCUGUGUCGAUGUUCAUAAAGGUUGUGACUUGCGAGACCGUCGAAUCCCAGUUUUUUUUUUCUUUCUAAAACACGAGUAAGAGCUCGUUUUUUUUUGCA